AGUCAACUUGUAACCUAAUCAGUUUAUCAUUGUGGGUCCAUUGCCUCUUUACCAAAAGCUUUCGAAACACACUUCUGAGGUGCACGUUAGUCUAAUCUACAAACGAGUCGACAGGACAGUCAGAGCUUAUUAUUGUUACUCGCUUCCUCGUAUUGGGUGUGUGGCGUAUGUGCUGCGUUUUCGCUGCCGAAGCCGACCGUUUACCUCUGACAUAGCACAUCUAUCGGUGGGAUGGUCACGCUGCGUGAUUUGCCUGUAGAACUGUGGCGUCCGAUACUAGCGUCGCUUGUCCGAUCACCUGGGGUUCUCUCGUCCGACCGACAAGAUCCAUUCUCGGAAGUUCGCGACAUCGUCAUAUUCUUGAACCGAGACGUGAAGACUCAUUCGGCACUCCUCUUGGUCUGCAAAGUGUGGCAUAACGUUGUCAUCGAGCUUAUCCAUGAGCACCUCCACUUGACGUCGGCAGAGCAAGUAGCUAUCAUUGCCAACCGCUUCGAAGAAAGUCGCAGGCAUUCAAUAAAGCACCCUCUUGGGACGUGCACUCGACGGAUCGACUUUCAACUGUCGAACCCGUCUGAUCAGUGCUUGAACGCACUUGUGCGAAUCCUGCGGUGUACGCCAAACAUCGAAAUUCUAGUCAAUAGCAACUACUACAUGGCGUUGAAUCCAACUUUCCAUAUCACACCACCUCAGGCUCAGACGCGAACGGAAAUCAUAAAUGCCCUCCUUGAAACAUGCUCAAGCUCACUACGACGAAUAGAGUGGACGUCCAACGAAUAUCCCUCUUGGAGUGACCUGAUGCACGUGCUUCAAACGGCCACUGGCAUAACAAGCCUGACGCUCGCGAAUAUAUAUGGCAACCUCACGGAAAGACCAUCGCAUUACCUUACUUUACCCAACUUGAAAACGCUUGUUCUCGGAGAUAGUCCUUCGUUCUCGCACGCGUCGCUGGGCAAUGUUCCCCUGAAUGCCUUUCUUACGAUGCUCGCCAAGUCCCCGGAGCAACUUCCGUCCCUGCAAAGGCUGGAGGGGUUUUCCCCCUUCAGUCCAGACUUCCUGCGAACCCACGGGCCAAAACGGAUUGGCAUUUUCCCCAUCAGUGAGGAUCCUGUUGGCGUCCCUCAAGCUAUUUUCAGCGCGUAUAUCAUGAAGCCGCUCGAAGAUCUCUUGUGUCAGAUUGACGAGUCCCAACUUCCGAAACUGACCCAGGUCCGGAUUCGCAAUAUUGGAACAUUAGCAAAUAUUACGGAACACCCCUUGUUUCUUCAGAGGUGGUGGAAGCGUUGGGAUUCAAGGGGUGUACGUUUCGACGAUAAGGAUGGACGACCGUUCAAUCUGGUGUCGUCAGAGAGCGACAGUGUGCACGAUAACGUGCGUCGGCCAUGAUGUGUAUCCUAAUCUGGAGCCUCGAAGUACUUUUGAACCUACUCUCCCGCAUUGCUUGGUAUAUAUCUUUCAUUCACAUGAUA